AUGCCUGGCGAAUUGCGCCUCCUCCGGUCCUCCAUCGAGGAGCGCGACAACGACUGGCCACAGCGGGACGCCAUUGUCGAGUGCCAUAGUGCCAUCCCAAUCACCUCUCCCAGGCCGCAUGACCGUCCUGGCCUGUGGUAUUCUAUCGGUAUGUAUCCAUAUCGCUCUCGUGGGCGCACGCCAGUCGCUGACCGCCCACAUUGCAGGCACUCCCGACUUCUGCUGCUGGCCGGAGCCAUUGCAUCUUCAGAGAACCAACAGCACCCACCCGAUCCCGCGCCUCCGUCUCUGUCCGCUGGCGCCCAUGAGACGCGCGACUACUACGCUGCGCAGACUGUACCACGACCUCUCUCACCGAACGAACCUUGCCUCACGCCAUCCUCCGUCUUCGAGCGAGACUCUCGCAGAUGUGGGUACACCACUGGAUCAUGCUGCCCUGAUAUGCAGCCCUAG